CCAUUACACUAUUAACUAACUAAUCAACAAUAUGAACGCUCCCGACAGAUUCGAAUUGUUCAUCUUACCCGAUGGAGUGGAGAAAAUCAAAAUCAUCCCCGACACUAAAGUACCCAAUGCGGCCAUCGUCAAGAUAGAAAGAGAAGAUCAUACACUUGCUAAUUUAUUAAGAGCUCAGUUACUUAAAGAUCCUAAAGUUAUCUUUGCUGCUUAUAAAGUCGAGCAUCCAUUAUUUGCUAAUUUCUUAUUAAGAAUUCAAACUGAAGAAGAUUAUAGUCCUCGUAAAGCACUUGUUAAAGCAUGUUCAUCAAUUAUUGAAGAAUUAGCUCGUAUAAAGACUAAAUUUGAAAAGGAAUGGCAAAUUCAAAGUUUGGCUGUAGAUGAUGAUUAUUAGGUAAUUUUGAAUUUAUGGUUUAUAAGCAUAUUUACCCUGUAUACUAGUUUCUAUAAGUAAUAUUUAAGUAAUAUUAAUGUAUUAAUAAUGAGU